AGACGGAUCGAACGAGCUCAUAUCAACUUUGCUUGAUGGUACAAGGCACUUGAAAAGAAUUGCUCUACUUAAAAAAGUCUUCUUCUAAUUUCUAUUGAGAGUUCCCUUUCAAAUAGCUCGCAGUGUUUCUUUUUAGUUCUUGCAUUGUGUGAUAAUAACGCAUAGAAUAGUAUAGUUUACACCCAAUAAUAAUGUUGAACUCCUCUACUUUGAGCAAUAGUACAACUACUUGUACUACUAAUCCCAUUCUUUAUGUGGACAAUAUAUUGAGCUACCUUAUUGAUGAUUCAAACCCGAAUUCCAAGCAAGAUGAUCAUUAUUCAUCUAAUCAUUACUCUACAUCUUACUAUCACUUGCCUUCUCCUUUGAUUUACAAUGAAAUUGACGAUUUUGUUAGCAACCAUGACCUUGAAUUCAUCCAACAACCCUUCUUAGCUAACAAUAGCUCUAUUUUGACCGACGAUUCCUCCAUCUUGGAAGUUGAUCAUAACAAGGUGGAUGAUUCAAACAAGGGUGGUGAGGUCGAUGGAAUAGUAGAUGAUAAUGAAAUGAAUCACACCAUAAGGUCUAAUAAGAAUAUUAUUAGUCACGGCGGCUUAAUGAAGAGGAAGAGAUCUUCCAAUAAGGAUAGGCAUAGCAAGAUUAGGACGGCUCAUGGUUUAAGAGAUCGGAGAAUGAGACUCUCCCUUCAAGUUGCUCGCCCGUUUUUCAAGUUGCAAGACACGUUAGGCUUUGAUAAGGCUAGUAGAACCGUCGAGUGGUUGUUGAUACAAUCAAAGUUGGCCAUCGAAGAGCUCAUUCAAAGCAAGCAUGGAAGUCCAAGUGGUGUGACUACCAAGUGCACCACCAUAUCUUCAACCUAUGAUGAUUGUGAAGUGGAUUCGACCAUAGUCGAAGAAGAAAGGAUAGGGUGUUCUAAGGAGAAGAGAGGGUUGACAUCAUGUGCUAGAAAAGAUGAACUUAUGAAGAAGAGAAAGAGAACAACAAAAGAGGAAAGAAAAGUGGCAAGAGAAAGGGCAAAGAAAAGAACAUUAGAGAGAAAGCAAAGUAGAGAACAAGUUAAUUAUAAUAAUACAAGUAUUAAGGAAGGAAACAAUAAUUAUUUUGAAGUUAGAGAAGAUCAUCAUAAUAUAGUUAAUGAUAAUCUUACAGGAAAUUGGAGCCCUUUAACAACUUUAAAUUAUCAGCAAAGUUUUGAAGUUUGUCAUCAAAGUGCUCCAAGCUACACGAUUUCGACACAAGGAAACAUGGUGGAAGGCCCACAGCAGUAACGAACACAAUGGUUGUAUGUCCUAGCUAGCUAGCUAAAAUGGUGUACGUUUUUAUCUCUUCCAAGUACCAUUGUUAUCACCUCGAAUUCGAAUUCGCCAAGGUUUAUAUUACAGGGAUAAUUCACUUCCUUUGAUGAGGGGUAUGUACUAUGUGAUGUACGAAUAGUAUGAAAACCUUUUUUUUUUCCUUCUGUCAAGAGUACUUAAUUUGAUUUACUAAAGUUAUUAUUGUGUUUAGAAUUAAUGGUCUCUAAUGUUACUUUAUUUACUUGGAAAUCACUAAUAGCUCAAAUCAAAUGUAAAUAAAUGUUGCAAGUUGUAAAUAGUAGUAACAAAUAAAUGUAAUUGAAGAGCUAAUUUCCUUUCAGUUCGUGCUUGUUUCUAAAUAACUUGGUAACAUUCAAAGUUGAAAUGUAAAAAUAGUUUAAAAAUUCAUGUGGUGUCAAACUGUCAAUAACUUGGUAAUUCAAAGUUGAAGUGCAAAAUAGUUUACA